UGCGGCGGGGCGCGCGAGCGGCGCGGGCUCAGGGCGGGCACAGCCGAGAGAAGCUGAGGGGGCGGCGGCGGGGGCGACUCCCGCGCGUGUGUUCAGCUCCUCACGCCGCGGCCGGGGCCGCCUUCUUCCUCCUUCUCUCCCUCCCUUCCGCCCCCGAGUGCGGCGGCACCGCCUCCUUCUGCGCCGCGCGGCUUCCUCCAGACCUCUCGGCGCGGGUGAACCUUGUUCCCAGAGGCAGCUGGUACUGACCCUGUGACCCAAAAGAGAAAAUUGUGGGCUGAGCUCAGCCUUGGUACUGGUGGCCAUCAUGUCCUUGAAGAUCCAGACAAGCAAUGUAACCAACAAGAAUGACCCCAAGUCUAUCAAUUCUCGGGUCUUCAUUGGAAACCUCAACACAGCUGUGGUGAAGAAGUCGGAUGUGGAGACCAUCUUCUCCAAGUAUGGCCGCGUGGCCGGCUGUUCUGUGCACAAAGGCUAUGCCUUUGUCCAGUACGCCAAUGAGCGCCAUGCCCGGGCAGCUGUGCUGGGAGAGAAUGGGCGGGUGCUGGCCGGGCAGACCCUGGAUAUCAACAUGGCUGGAGAGCCCAAGCCCAACAGACCUAAGGGGCUAAAGAGAGCAGCAUCUGCCAUAUACAGUGGCUACAGCUUUGACUAUGAUUACUACCGGGACGACUUCUACGACAGGCUCUUCGACUAUCGGGGCCGCCUGUCACCUGUGCCAGUGCCCAGGGCAGUCCCUGUGAAGCGACCCCGGGUCACGGUCCCCUUGGUCCGGCGCGUCAAAACCACCAUACCUGUCAAGCUCUUUGCCCGCUCCACGGCCAUUCCCGCCGGCUCAGCCAAGAUCAAGUUAAAGAGCAGUGAGCUGCAGGCCAUCAAGACAGAGCUGACACAGAUCAAGUCCAACAUCGACGCUCUGCUGGGCCGCUUGGAGCAGAUUGCCGAGGAGCAGAAGGCCAACCCAGAUGGCAAGAAGAAGGGCGACAGCAGCAGUGGCAGUGGUGGGGGCAGUAGUGGUGGCAGCAGCCGGCCGCCAGCCCCCCAGGAGGACACGGCUUCUGAGGCAGGCACGCCCCAGGGAGCAGCACAGGCUCGGGACGACGGCGAUGAGGAGGGGCUGCUGACACACAGUGAGGAAGAGCUGGAGCACAGCCAGGACACAGACGUGGAGGAUGGGGCCUUGCAGUAAGCAGCCUGACAGGAACGAUGGCCACCGGCAGGAGAAGGGCGUGCACUGUACCAGGCCUAAAGCUGGGCACCCGCCCCUGGAGACUACCCCCAGCGGGUCCCAGGAGAGCCGGCCGCAGGCAUCUCCUCCCGCACACAUCCCAGCCAGUGCUGCAUCCUCUGCAGGUGGAGUUAUUGGCCACCCUUCCCCUCACGCCCUCCCUGUUGGCACCACCCAGGCCAGAGGGCAGCGCACAGAGGUUUCCCCACACUCUACCUCCCCUCCCAGGACACUCCCAGGCUUGGGGUUUUUCUAUAGGUUUGGAGAGGGGAGGGUCCCAGGGAGGGUACCCUGACAAUAAAGAGAUUGGAUCCCAA